CCCGCAUCAAGUCGGUACUCAACAACACUUUGUUUCGAACGCUGUGCAGCCAUGCUUCAAAGUCAUCAUGAUUGACGUAUCCAGGCGCCUUCGCCGCGCCAUUCUUCUCAAUGACCUGUCGCUUGUGAAGCGCAUCGUGGAGAACAAUCCACGAUGGUUGCGAAACCCAGACUUUGAGGAUAAGAGCAACACGAGCCUGCACCUGGCGGCCAAGCAUGGAUUCACAGCGAUCGCUGAAUUUCUGAUCGACCAAGGCCAUGAAGAUGAAAUGGCCAGCAGAAACAACGACUGGGAAACCCCGUUGAUGCUUGCUGCUAUGGCGGGCAAGGAGGAGGUCGGAGUCAUGCUCGCAAAACGGUUUCCAGACUGUGUAGCCUGGCAGACCAAGUCAGGACUUGACGCUCUCAUGCUCGCCUGUCGCUCCGGCGCAGGAACCCUUCACCUCAUCCCCACUCUCAUCCUGCACGGUCCGUCCAUUCUCACCAACGCCGAUACAUCAGGCAACACAGCACUCCACCACGCCUCAGCGGCCGGCGAACUAAAAGCCCUUCGCAUGCUCCUCCAAUAUGGCGCGAAUCCGCUCGCGUCCAACGCAUACUCGUGGACACCGGUGCAUUACUCGGCGACAGUGGCGGCGGAAGCCUACUUCAAGACACUCAUCAUCGAGUUUGAGAAGAAAAAGGCAGAAGACAAGAGGGAGUUGGCGUUGCGGGAACGACAGAGGACCGCGGGUGUGCGGCUCGUCACUGAUCAGGAUGGCCUGAUGCAGGGCGGAGGCGAGAGACAACGAGCCAGGGAUGACGCGGCUAUUGCGAGACUGCCGGCUCCCGGCAUGGACUGGAGUCCGGUGGAGAAGAGGAGGGCGAUGACGCCUACAGAGGGGAGAGGGUGGACGUUUACGCCUGGGGGGAUGAGGCCGAGGGCCGAGACGGGAGAGUCGAUAUGAUGUGGGAUUGGCAUCGUGUCUUGCGAAGGAGUUUUGGCGUUCCGGUCGCAGGUUCUGAAAGAGUGAUAUUGCUGGGCGUUAUGGUCAAGCUGGGCGUUAUUGAAACAACGCCUCACAUGGAUGAUCAUAUCAAAGGAAGCAGGGUAACAAGUCAAUGAUCUUCUAUUGUGUAGCAACGAGUGACUACAGCCGA